AUGAUCUUGCUUUUUAUUUGAAUUGCAUUACUAUUUACCCCUAAAUUCACUCUCAGCCAAACUCUAAUUGAUUUUGGAAUACCCCAAAUAAUUAAUCAAGACAAAACUUGGAAUUAUUUCAAAAUAAAUCCACAGCAAAGUAAAAGAAUAUAUAGCUAGAUAGGAUGACUGGAACGGGGCUUUUUUGGCUUGCCGGCAAGCCAAAAAAGCCCCUUUCCAGUCAUCCUAUCUAACUAUAUACAAGAAUCUGACUGCAAAUAAUUUCGAAACCUUCUGAUGCUUUUCCAGUUUUAGCAAUCAGUGAUAACUUUCCAAGCUUUGGAAAUGCUGAUUUUUCAAUAAAUACAAAAAAAGCUGAUUAUGAAGGCUGGUACUCAGGGCUAACUUAUCAAUCUAUUUUUCUCCAGUCUACAGAGCUUACGAAUAAUACAUAUAUUGGUAUAGGAAAUAGUCAAUUUUAUCAGGGACAAAUAUAUAAUUUUGAGUAUUUAAGCAUUUUUAAAAAAAUAAGAAAUUUUUAUAUAUUAAUUUAUUUAUUGUGGCAUAUCUUAUACGAUUGGAGCUGAUAGUAGUGAUGAUAUUUUGUGUCCUAAAAAUGAUUGCAAUGACAGAGGGGCAUGCAUUACUUUGGGAAAAUGUGCAUGCAAAUUUGGGUAUAUUGGUCCUAGCUGUGAUAUUAAAGCAUAUAAAAUAAGUAGCAAGCCUUUUCUUAUUGAAAAUGGUCAAAGUAAUGCAGAUUAUGGAUACAUAGACUUGAAAAAUGGUAAAAAAUAUAUAGUAAGUUCACAGAAAUUUGACUUAAAAAUAGUAUAAUUUAAAAACGAAAGUUAACCAUUUAAUUUGGCAAUUUUAUAUUAAAAUUGCCUAUAGAAUAAGAAUUUUGGGAAGUUUUUUCAAUGAUAAAUUUAAACCCAAAAGUAUGUGAAAUAAUGAAAAUUUAGGAGAAAUUCUACUGAAUUAUGAUGGAAACCUGUAACUUUAAUAUAGCCCCACUUUUCUUCCUUCAUCAGUUAAUAACUGCUCCUCAAUGUUCCUCUCUAAAUCACCUGCAGCUCAAACACUUCCUAUCAAUAAAAGUGGAAAAGGAAGAUACUUAUAUUUAUUAUUCAUCUUAAACAAAGGCCAGCCCAGUUCCCUUAUAAACUACACAAUUUACUACACAGAGAAAUCCGACUCCUCCAAUGAAUUUAUCCUGAUUUACAUCAUAAUUUCUGUCCUUGGAGUUUUUAUCCUCCUCUCAACUACCAUAAUAAUUAUUUGAAAAAAAUGAAAAAAAGAGCGAGUCAGGAUCGCUUUAGAAUCCCCUGGAUUAUCAUCCACAUUAGUCAAUAAAAACUACCCAGCUAUGAAAUACCAAGACAUUAAAAAUAAAAAAGGGAUCGAUACUACAUGUGCUAUAUGUUUUGAGGCAUUUAAAUUGGUUUCUAUAGUAAGAAAGCUGCAUUGCAACCAUUUAUUUCAUGGGACUUGUAUUGAGGAGUGAUUUAAAGCGAAUAGAGUAUUUUUUAUAUAGACUUGCUGCCUGUGUAAGAGAGAUUGCUCUGUGAUGGAGGAAGGAGAAUUUAAUACCUCAAGUGAUGAAAUACCUGUUGAGAAAGCAGGGACAAGAGGAUUGACAUUGAGAAGAAUAAGUGUAAGCCAUACACAAGAUGAUUUAAAUGUGAGAGAUAUUUUAUAG